CGUUCAUCGUCUGACGCAAUGCUGAGGCAUUGCGUGGAUGACAGUACACAGGAGAGUACGAAUGUACUGCUGGCUCCAUUUACUGGUGACAUCGGCCAAGAGACACUAGCAGAUGAGAAGAGCUGCAUGCAGACGAGCCAUGUGAAUCUCACCUCGUGUACGUCCUUCUCCUCACAAAGCGAGCUCAUCGAUUCACAGCAAAAGGAAACGUUGGAGAGUGAAAUAUGGCAGCUGCAGCAGAGAAUGAAGAUGCUACAGGAGCAACUGCUGCAGCAGCACAAUCGUGUCUCCACGCCGACUGCCACGGCGACUGCAGCCAACGUUGCAGGGUCAGACUAUGGAGGUGAACAUCAACCGGUCGAAAAAGUCCCGGAUACGGAAGAGGAUCUGUUUUCCAGCCCUCUCUCCCUCUCCCCUCCUCCCGCUAUGUUGACGACGCUUCAUGUUGCUCGGCCAGCCGACGUAACGAUGCGCAGAGUUGUUUCACCUGACCCAGUAGGUCAUUUGCGUGUCUCUGAUAGUCAUCAUGCAAACGCAUUCCCCCGUGAGGAGCGGCUGGAAGGUGGCACCGCCUGUGACUCCAUGGAAAGCAACACUGCCGGAAUGCAACCCAUGAUUGACAUAGCUGGAGAGUGCCCCAAAAGUAACGUAACAGGAAAGUUGAUGGAAACGGACAUGGCUGGAAAGUGUCUAGAAAGUGAUGUUGUCGGAAAGUGGAUGGAGAGGGACAUGGCUGGAAAGCGAAUAGAAAGUGAUGUUGCCGGAAAGCGUAUGGAAAGAGACGUGGCUGGAAAGCGGCUAGAAAGGGUUCUGUCCGGAAAGCGCAUGGGAGAGCACACGUCCGGGGAACCACUAUCCGCCCCGAGGAAGACCAACGACGACAAUGUGUCAUUGCCGACAAACCAGCGCGCGGACAGCGAGAAGGAGACGAGCGAAGCGAAGCUGGUGGGUCGCGCCUCGACAAUUCGGCGAGCAUCCCCGAGGGAGGGGUCACCGCUAGGUGGCAGCACCGCGCAUAUAUGCUCGUCAGCUCACGAGUCUCAGCCAACGGUCAUUCCGUCGAGCGGAGGCACCGGGCCGUUCUCCGUCGCCAAUGACAACAACAGGCCACUCUCCUUGACCGCCAAAGACAACCAAAGGCCGCUCUCUGUUGCCAACGAUAACCACAGGCCGCUCUCUGUUGCCGACGACAACCACAGGCCGCUCUCUGUUGCCGACGACAACCACAGGCCACUCUCCAUC